CCACUGUCCUGAUUGGGUCUCGGUGCUGCCGGCGGUGGAUUGGAGCACUCUGAUUGGAGGCUUUGCGAGGUGGUUUUUCGGUCUGGCGCCGCCUCCCCCCGGGGCCGGCGUGCGCUCCCAGCAGCCCGUGGUGCCCUGCGCCCCCCCCUCCCCGUCACUGCACACCAGAACCCAUGCCCAAGGAGGAGGCACGGUGCGUCCGCCAGGAGCCAUGUGCCUCCCUCACACCAACAUCAUGGACAACAAGUUACAGGGGGCGGGGCAAGGAGGAGUGGCUGCACUUCGACCACGGCCAGGAGGCGUCCCGCUGGAGCCCUUCGUACACCAGGUGGGGGGUCACACCAGUAUGAUGCGUUAUGACGACCACACGGUGUGCAAGCCUCUGAUCAGCAGAGAGCAGCGCUUCUACGAGUCUCUGCCUCCAGAAAUGAAAGAGUUCACUCCGGAGUAUAAAGGUGUGGUGCUGGUUUGUUUCGAGGGCGACUCGGACGGCUACAUCAACCUGGUGGCCUACCCCUACGUGGAGAGCAACAUGGAGGGGGGGACGGCGGAGCACGAGGAGCGCGACCCCCCCGAGAGGGAGCAGCCGAGGAGGAAACACUCGCGGCGCAGCCUCCAUCGCUCCUCCUCCUCGUCCGAGUACAAGGAGGAGCGUCCCGAGAGGAGGGAGUCGUACGACACCGACACUAAUGAGAACCUUGCAGAGCUGAAGAGUCCGAGGCUCGACCCAAAGAUCCACUCGGACGUUCCCUUCCAGAUGUUGGACUGGAACAGCGGUUUGAGUUCAGAGAAGAUCAGCCACAACCCCUGGAGCCUCCGCUGCCACAAACAGCAGCUCAGCCGCAUGAGGUCCGAAUCCAAGGACCGCAAACUCUUCAAACCAGAGUUUCUGCUGCUGGAGAACGUGGUUCACCACUUCUCGUACCCCUGCAUCCUGGACCUGAAGAUGGGCACCAGGCAGCACGGAGACGACGCCUCCGAGGAGAAGGCGGCCCGGCAGAUGAAGAAAUGUGAACAGAGCACUUCGGCGUCGCUGGGAGUGCGAGUGUGUGGCAUGCAGGUGUACCAGCUGAACACCGGUCACUACCUCUGCAGGAGCAAGUACUACGGCCGCGGCCUGUCGAGCGACGGCUUCCGCCAGGCCCUCCAGCAGUACAUGCACAACGGAAAGGGUCUGAGGCAGGACCUCUUUGAGCCAAUCCUGAAUAAGCUUCGCAGCCUGAAGACUGUGCUGGAGAGGCAGGCGUCCUACCGCUUCUACUCGUCUUCACUGCUCAUCAUCUAUGAGGGAAAGGAACCUGAGGGCCCUUCAGUCCUCAGCUCUGGGCAGCAUGCACCCUUGCACCAGAAGACCCCUGCGGCUCCCGGAGAGCCCCACCGUGGCCCCGGCCCCCCCCACGCACCUCCGGCCCCAGACGCUCCCUGUGAAACGGGACCACUGUCCUCUCAGGGACCUGGACUGACGGCUAAGCCCUCCCCCUCCAAGGCCCCACCUUCCAAGGCCCCACCUUCCAAGUCAGACUGCCACUCCUUCCACCCACCUCUCCCCUCGCCUCACCCACAUCCAGACUCCUCUACUGCUCCCGGCUUAAUUUCCUCCCCCCCUCCUCCUCCCCCUCCUCCUCCUCGUCCCGCCCCCCAGCCCCAGCAGCCCCCCCUGGUGGACGUGCGUAUGAUCGACUUCGCCCACUCCACCUUCAAGGGUUUUCGCGGCGACACAGCCGUGCACGAUGGGCCGGACCGGGGCUACGUGUUCGGACUGGAGAGCCUGGUCCAGAUCCUGGAGAGCCUGCAGGACGACAACCUGCCGUAGCUCCGAACACACAAACACACACACACUCUCACACACACAGCUUGUUGUUAGUUCAGAUUCGUUCUCAAGCACUGAGACGGUUUGGCAGUAAAUACGGAAGAAGGUUAUUCUUCAAGCUGAUAUGGAGAACUUCUGUCUGUCUGAUGCUCUGCAAAACACACACACACACACAUUUGUACUUCUAUAUUUGUGAGGACCUGCAUUGACAUAAUGCAUUACCCAGCCCCUGACCUCAACCAUUAACGUUUACCUUAAAGUCCCCCUCCACUCGCAAAUAUAUUUAGCUUUUUAUUUCUUCACCUGGAUGUUUGAGCUUCACUUGUGCAGAAUGAUGUUUGUGCAGAGUUUUUACACUAGAAGGACGUUUUUACAUUUGUCUGCUGAAGUUUCUCUGUGCUCUCAUUUAAUCUGAGUUAAAGAGGUGUCUCGGCUUGUUUGGAUGUCCAAUAAAAAGAAAUUGGGACCAGUAGUAAACGUAAGUCAAAGAAUUAGUAAGAAGUCCUAAACUAAUAUUCAAAGUGGGCGAUUUUAGUCGUGUCUGGAUGGAAUCUUUAAACUCAGGAUUUUAAGGUGAAGUGAAGCUCAAACAUCCAGGUGAAAUAUGAAUAAGCAAAAAACACAAAUAUGAGUGGAAUCGGUCUUUAACCAAAACACAAAGUGAGACUUUGAAGGACGUGAGGACCAGCAAGAAAAAUGUCGUCACUCUCAAGUUCCCAAAACUCAAAUUGAUCCUCAACAAGAUAGACGAACAAGAGCGCACACACAUCCUGGGAACAGUUGUCUGACAGAGCGUCCUCUCUGAAACUACCAAUCAGCUGAGUCCCACUGAAGUUGGCCAACACUCACUCCUCCUCACUCCCUCUUCACUCCUCUUUCUCUACAGAAAACCAAACCUGGACAGGUGAACGUGACUCUUUUAGCGUUACCUUUGGCAACGCGCUCAGAAAAACACAUCCAAGCAUCUGUUGAAGCAAUAGAUGGCGAUGAUAGAUGGCAACUUUUUUUUUUUUUUUUUCUUCAGCGGUGCAGAGGGCAGCUUCGCCCGCAGGGAGAACGGCGAUGAAGUGCAACGUAGAAGUAGGCUUUAAGGAGAGAAUAUAGAGGAAAAACGCUGUGUGUCCGUUUUGGGGGCUUGAUUCUAAAUCGUUAGUAGUCGUGUCCUGUAAAAAUCAUCCUCUGGGUUAUUGUGUACAGCAUAAGUGUCACUUUCCCCAAAUCUGGUCUGCUGAUAUUUCUCUUAUUGUCAACAAAUCCUAUUAAUAAAACAAACAAACAAACUAUAAAGCUAAUACUACGAACAAGUAUUAUCUGUGUAUCCAGAGCCAGAUAUAUCGUCAUCCUGACAUGUUCCUUCAUUAAAAAACACACACACACACACACACACACACACACGGUAGUUUAUUUUGGCGCACACAAACUGUCCUGCUGCCACAAAUGUGGAUUAAUCCACAGCAGAAAAUAGUCCCCAACAAAUGCUCUAUUUCCUCCUGUUUGAUAAGAACUACAGCGACCAGCUGUUUUAGGAAAUUAUUGAGAAUUUUAGUGAGAUUGGAGGCUAUGUAGGUUUCUGUAUCAAAUUAUUUUGGGGGUGAUUUUCUUUGCUAGCCGACUGUAGAGAGGUGACGGGAACCUUCAGACUAUUUGGGGAUGUUCGUGGUUCAUAAUCGGCGACUCGGCGCCUUAAGACCUCGUCCCUGAAGAUUUAAACUUGACUUUGGAAACAGCUGUUGACAAAAACAAUCUGUCCGUAUGGCUCCAGAACUACUUCCUGUUGCUGUUUUUUUUUUUUGUUUUUUUUUUUUUUCAAAUGUCAAGAGCGAAUUUUUAAUUCCUGCUUUUAAGCCAA